CGCCAUGGCGGCGGUGCCCGGAGGACCCCGCUCCGAUCCUCCGGCGGGCGCCCGCUUCUUCUGCACGGCGGGCCGCGGCCUGGAGCCCUUCCUGACGCGGGAGGUGCGGGCGCGGCUGGCGGCCACGCAGGUUGAAUAUAUUUCAGGGAAAGUGUUUUUCACCACUUGUUCUGACUUAAAUAUGCUGAAAAAACUAAAAUCUGCAGAAAGAUUAUUUUUGCUGAUUAAAAAGCAGUUACCACUUAAUGUUUCUUCUGGAAGUAAAGGAAAAAUAUUUAAUGAAAUGCAAAGACUUAUAAAUGACGAUCCUGAAAGCUGGUUGAAAGCCAUUUCAAUUUGGAAAAAUCUUGAACUUGAUGCAAAAAAGGAAAAACUUUCUCAGAAAGAUGCUAACCCACUAAAAAGAAAAAUGGGAGAAAAUGAUGUCAUCGUUGCUAAAAAGUUGAAAACAGAACAAAUGCAAGAGAUACGUGAGAAUAAGGAAUGCCAACUGGAAAAACAAAUAGAAGAAGAAACACUGGAGCAAGGACAUCGCAUCACGAAGAGAGAAGAAUUUCUAGAAGAUCUUCAGAAUGAUGCAGUGGGCACUCGUACCCACAGCGACUUGACUUUCAGAGUCUCCUGUCGCUGCAGUGGCGCUAUCGCGAAGACCUUUACUGCACAGGAGGUAGGAAGAGUAUUUGGAAUUGCUCUUAUGAAACAGUUUGGAUGGAAAGCAGAUUUAAGGAAUCCCAAUUUAGAGGUCUUUAUACAUCUAAGUGACAUUUACUCUGUGGUGGGAAUUCCCAUGUUCAGGGUUCCUUUAGCCAGCAGAGCUUACAUCAAGACAGCAGGGCUGAGAUCUACCACAGCCUGGGCAAUGGCCUCUGUCGCGGAAAUUAAGGCUGGUGCAUUUGUUUUAGAUCCAAUGUGUGGACUUGGAACAAUACUUUUGGAAGCUGCUAAAGAAUGGCCAGAUGUGUAUUAUGUGGGUGCUGAUGUCAGUGACUCACAGCUACUAGGUGCGUGUGACAAUCUGAAAGCUGCAGGCCUUAAGGAUAAAAUUGAGUUGAUUAAAGCCUCUGUUAUAGAAUUGCCUUUGCCUUCAGAAAGUGUCGAUACUAUUAUUUCUGACAUUCCAUUUGGGAAAAAGUUUAAGUUAGGAGAAGACAUCAAAAGCAUUCUACAAGAAAUGGAAAGUGGCUGCCACAUAUAUUAUAUGUAUAUACCAUUAUGUAGCUGGUACUUAUGGAUGGACAUUUAGGUAAUGCCCACUUUUUCAUUUUAAUAAAGAACAAUGCUCUGAACAUCUUUGCACAGUUUUUCAAACUUACUCUAUGACCAAGUUACUUAAAACCACAGUGCCUCAGCUUCUUCAUCUGCAAAAUGGCUAUGCUGAGAAUAUACUUGAAUUCUGAAGAUUAAAUGAUAUAUAAUACAAAGCAUUUAAAACAGUGCUCCAUUCAACAUAGUCUUGGAAUUCCUAGCCACUGCAAUCAGGCAAGAAAAAGAAAUAAAAGGGAUCCACAUUGGAAGAGAAGAGGUAAAAUUGUCACUAUAUGUGGAAGACAUGAUACUAUGCAUAGAAAACCCUAAAAGCUCCACACAAAAACUACUACAGCUGAUAAAAGAAUUUGGCAAGGUAGCAGGAUACAUGAUUAACAUGCAGAAGUCAGUUGCAUUUCUUUACACUAACAAUGAAAUAGGAAAAGAAAGUAAAGAAACAAUCCCUUUUAUAAAAUCGCAUCCAAAACAAUAAAAUACUUAGGAAUAAAUCUGACCAAGGAGGUGAAAGAUUUAUACAUGGAGAAUUACAAAAUACUGAUUAAGGAAAUUAAAGAUGAUGUAAAGAAAUGGAGACAUAUCCCUUGCUGUUGGAUUGGAAGAAUCAAUACUGUUAAAAUGGUCAUGCUGCCCAAGGCAAUCUACAGAUUUAAUGCAAUCCCUAUCAAAUUACCCAUGACAUAUUUCAUAGAACUAGAACAAAUCAUAAUAAAAUUUAUAUGGAACCAUCAAAGACCUAGAAUUGCCAAAGCAUUACUGAAGAAAAAGAAAGAGGCGGAGGAAUAACUCUCCCAGACUUCAGACAAUACUACAGAGCUACAGUAAUCAAAACAGUGUGGUAUUGGCAGAAAAACAGACAUAUGGACCAAUGGAACAGAAUAGAGAGCCCAGAAAUAAACCCACAGACCUACAGUUAAUUAAUCUUCGACAAAGGAGGCAAGAAUAUACAAUGGAGAAAAGACAGUCUCUUCGGCAAGUGGUUUUGAGAAAACCGUACAGCAUCAAGCAAAUCAGUGAAGCUAGAACACUCCCUCACUCCAUACACAAAAAUAAACUCAAAGUGGCUUAAAAACUUAAAUAUGAGACAAGACACAAUAAAUCUCUUAGAAGAAAACAUAGGCAAACCAUUCUCUGACAUAAAUCUUAGCAAUGUUCUCUUAGGGCAGUCUACCCAGGCAAUAGAAAUAAAAGCAAAAAUUAACAAAUGGGAUCUAAUUAAACUUAUAAGCAUUUGCACAGCAAAGGAAACCAUAAGCAAAACAAAAAGACAGCUUACAGAAUGGGAGAAAAUAUUUGUAAAAGAUGAGACUGACAAGGGCUUAAUUUCCAGAAUAUAUAAACAGCUCAUACAACUUAAUAAGAAAAAAAACAGACAGCUCAACCCAAUCCAAAUAUGGGCAGAAGACCUAAACAAGCAAUUGUCCAGUAAAGACAUACAACUGGCCAACAGGCACAUGAAAAAUGUUCAAUAUCACUAAUUAUCAGAGAAACACAAAUCCAAACUAUAAUGAGGUAUCACCUCACACCAGUCAUAAUGGUCAUCAUUCAAAAGUCCACAAACGAUAAACACUGGAGAGGCUGUAGAGAAAAGGGAACCCUCCUACACUGCUGGUGGGAAUGCAGUUUGGUGCAGCCAUUAUGGAAAACUGUAUGGAGAUUCUCAAAAAACUAAACAUAGACUUACCAUAUGAUCCAGCAAUCCCACUCCUGGGCAUACAUCUGGAGGAAACUCUAUUCAAAAAGAUACACACCUCCCUUCAAUGUUCAUAGCAGCACUGUUUACAAUAGCCAAGACAUGGAAGCAACCUAAAUGUCCAUCAACAGAUAACUAGAUAAAGAAGCUGUAUUAUAUUUAUACGAUGGAAUACUACCCAGCCAUAAAAAUGAAUAAAAUAAUGCCAUUUGUAGCAACAUGGGUGGACCUAGAGAUUGUCAUUCUAAGUGAAGUAAGCCAGAAAGAAAGACAAAGACAAAUACCAUAUGAUACCACUGUUGUCCAGAUUUUCUCACAGGCUCUGUUUCAUGGGCUCUUCCUCCUCUGUCCUGCCUUGAAUGUUAAGUCUCUUCCUUGGCCCCUUGUCUCUUCUCUGUGCUGCCACCCCAGCGAUCUCAUCUACCAUUAUGGCUUUAUCUCCCAUUUACUGUUAGAAACUGGAAUCUCUGCCCUGAGCCCUGGCCUUUCUCAUCCCCUCCACGCUCAGCACAGUCCACCCAGAACUCCCCUCCUCUCCUCCCCCAACCCGUGACUCGCCCCCAGGCUGAACUGCAUGCCGUGCUCCUCCUCUUCACUUCUUCCUGCCUUUGCUGCUCUCUGCUUCCAGGACCCCCGUGCCCCCAUCCCCAGCGGUCCCUCCGCCCAGCCCCCUCCUGCUGGUCCUUGACACCCCGUGUAGGUAUCCCAUCCUCUGGGGAUUUCCCCAACUCCCGCCCAAACUGUUCCUGCAGACCCCACACGUGCCCGAUGGUGGCGUUUGCUGCGCUCUGUCACUCCUCACUUACUUGCCUCUCCCGCUGUUCAGUCAUCGCUUUAGCAACUCAGGGGAUUGUAUGUCAUUUGGCACCUUUUCCACAGAAGUGCCAUUCAGACUUCGGUCAAAGGAUUAAGAAAACGAAUUCUCCACCAGCUGACACUUGAAGGUCUUCCUUCUUCUUCUGAUCUCCCCUCUUGCCCUUUCUUUGUUCCUGUCCUCACUCCUGCCUGUGACUUUACUCUGCUAUCAGCCUACUGCCUUUGACACACGCUGAUUCCUUUGGAUUCUUUCACUUGCUUUUCCUUUGUACAAUCACUUAUUAGACUGUGACUACAAAUUACUUUGAGGCUUGCCUUUUAAAUAGAGUAAAAAUAGAUAAUUAAAGCAGAUCUGUACUAGUGAUUUCAUAAUUACUAUAAUGAAUAUGCAUUAUGGAAGAUACUACCUAAUUAUCAAAAUCCUCGUAUUUAAAUACAUAAAAUUAAAUUUCAAAUUAAAAACACCAAAUAUUUUAAACAAAGUGGGAUUGUUUGUUGUCUGCGAAGAAAGAAACACUCAUACCAAUUAUCAUUUUUUG